AUGAAUUCCUCCGUUGACCCUGCCUCUCAGCUGGUAUCUGCAGCAGUCCCAGCAUUCAAGUGUCCUGCUGGGACAAAAAUGCACAUUCUGAACUUGGGCGCCCUUCAAGCAGAUGAAUCAUGGAUUUUCCGAGGUGGCAAUUCAAGCACCCUGAGCAACCUUAAUCCGGUGAAUAAACGCCGAGAUUUAGUGCUUAUUUCGGCUCUUAUUGAGUACCCGGGCGUUGGCCUCAUUCUCUAUGAGACCGGCUGUGCUGAGGAUCUAGAAGUGAAAUGGCCAGCGCCCGUCACGGAUGUCUUUCCGCGAGUUGAAUACUCGGAGAACAAUAAACUCCCGAAUGCUAUCAAAGCCACUGGAAAUGACAUCAAGGAUGUGAAAGCGGUCAUCAUUGGCCAUCUGCACCUUGAUCAUGCCGGCGGACUUGAGCAUUUCGUGAACACAGAUGUCCCAAUCUAUGUCCACGAAGAAGAGUUCAAGCACGCUUGCUGGGCGAUAGCAACCGGAGCGGACUUGGGCGUCUAUCUUUCACACUAUAUGCUACUAGAAGAGCUAAAGUGGAACACCUUCACCGAGUCGCAACUUGACCUUUUCCAGGGCAUAACCCUCCACCAUUCACCUGGCCAUACACCUGGGCUCUGCAUUAUGCAAGUCAACCUGGUCAAUGAUGGACCAUUUAUUUGGACCUCGGACCAGUUCCACGUUGCAGAGAACUAUACGCUGGGUCAUCCCCAUGGCGGAUUAGCUAGAGAUCACAAUGCGUGGUUCCGCAGUCUCAACAUGAUCCGCAGACUGCAAAGACUGUACAACGCGACGUUGAUUUUCGGUCACGACAAGGAGGUUGCCUACAAGCUCAUAAAUGCGAAGCCGUACUAUGAGUGA